UAGACGCGUCUGUUUCCCCUAAAAACAUCACCAAUAUGUUUAUUAAAAUAUGUCUUUUGUUCAUCGCCUCGGCAACCGCUUUGCCCAGCCCCGAAAUACGCGAAAUCACGUCCAACACUAUAGAAUCACCUGUAGACUCAGUGACAGCUGCCAGGGCUAUGGCCAAGGAUUGCUCCAGUGGGAUCUUCAGCCCUACCUGCCUGAAAAUUGAAGCCAUAUCAAUGCUCGAGAAGCUGAGCUCCAAAGACGAAUUACAACUUCUUCCGGGAGUCAGUGUGGUGAAGGAAGCUAAUGAUAAUAAGAGCAAAGCGGAAGAAUUCGCAGCUGAACUGGCCAGGUCUUUUCCUUCAAAGCCUGAUGAGCGGUUAGACAAAUAUCUGCUCUACCGACUUGGCACUUACCUGGACACUCACUCGGUGAAGCUUAGGCUUAUUGAUGAGAAUGCCAGUGAAGAAGCCAGGUCUCUGAUUGGUGAAGCUAGAGGGAAGAAUCCUUUGGGUGGUGGCAAGAAGGGCGGCAUGGGAGGUAUUCUUGCCGCUGCAUUGAUGAUGAAGGGAACACUGAUGUCUAUCGGCAUCGGAGGCCUAGCUAUGCUGGCGGGCAAAGCGCUAAUGACGGCGAUGAUGUCUCUUCUCCUAUCAGCUAUCAUCGGUAUAAAGUCGUUGACCUCUGGAGGGAAAUCUACAACGUAUGAGAUAGUGUCGAAGCCUGUGUACAGUCAUUCUCAUUCGACGGGCCAUGAAGAGAUCGGGGGUUAUGCCCAUUCACCCUACGGUAGGAGUAUGAAGAGUACCAAGCGUUAA